UUUGUUUGCAACUGUCAGCGAAGGUGUGAAUUUUUCACACUCGCUUCGAUUGACGAAAAUUCGCAGCACAACUUGAGUCGCAAUGUCCACCAGCGUGUUGAACAAUAUUCUAGCCGUCGAUAAGGAACAGGAGCUCCUGCAGAGCUUUAUACGCACUGGUAACAAUGCCGACGAAGAGGAUUUGGACGAGUCAAACAAGAGGUCAAAGGGCCGUGGCCGGGUGUCGCAUAAGCCACCGAUAUGGGAGCGUCGCGACUCCUAUGGCGCGGGUGGCAAAUCCUCCACAGAACGAGGCGCACGCCGCUCCAGCAAGCAUCCGGAUGAUAUGGACGCCGGUGGCUCGAAGCGUGGCAAUCGCAUCGAGGCAGAGCUGCGAGCUGCUCGCAAACGCAUCGAGGAGCAGAUGUUGAAGAAGAAGAAGCCGAAGGAGAACUUUGUUGAUUUCUACACGGACAAGGAUCGGGCAGCGGCUGUCAGUGCCGGCACCUUUGACAUCAAGCAGAGUCUGCAGAUCAAGCAGAAACAGGAUCGCAACGAGGCGUUGCUCAUUCCCGACGAGGCGGACAUAAGUUCGAUCAUAGCGCUGGGAUUAAAGGAGAUCAAGAAUGCAAAUCCUGAGAAUGCGAUACAGUUCUUCUGCAAGGCCCUGGAGCUGAACAAUACGGACAUCAAUGCGCUAAUCUCGCGCAGCAAGUGCUAUCUUCUCUUGGGUGAGGCAUCGAAAGCUUUGCAGGAUGCCGAAACCGCUUUGGCCGAAGAUAAGAAUAACAUUCGCGCCAUUUACCAGAAGGCAGAGUCCCUCUACUAUCUCGGUCAGUUCGAGCAGAGUCUGAUGUUCUUCCAUCGCGGACUGCGUGCUCGUCCGGAGCUCGCCUCCUUUCGCCUGGGCGUGCAGAAGACACAGGAAGCCAUCGAGAAUACGAUUGGCACCAAGACACGAUCUACUGUCCCGCCUCCCAAGAGCAGCAAGUCACGCAAGUCUGGUGACAACACGCCCAAGUCACAGGGACCGAACAGUGCCCGGCCACAAAUGGUGCGCCAGAAGCCCACGAAAGCGGAUCUGGAGCGACGCAAUGCACGCAAGCUGCUCGGGGAGCUGUGCGUCGAUAAGGAGUACCUCGAGAAGCUGUUGCUCCAUCCGGAUCUGGUGCGUGCGGACACCAACACCGAGAACAUCUCUGCCUUGGCCAAGGAAGCCGUUUGCUUCCUCAACAAGCGUCAGGAGUUCUGGCGUCAGCAGCGUCCAUGCACCGCUUUGCCCAAUCACAAGAAUCUGCCCAAUGAUGCGCUGCCCAAGUGGUUCUAAGGUGCAUCUUUCCAAACAGGAUUAAGUGUUAAGUUUAUGUUUUGAUUAUACAUAUACAUAUGUAUUUGCUUGGCUUCAAUAAACUACACAAUUAU